UUGCUCGCGAUAGAGCAACAGGAAGUACGCCGACGUAUACAAAGCAGCAAAGUUUUUAUUGCUCAGUCCUUCACCCAUUUACGAGUCCUCGCAAGGGCGAAAUUUCAAUAACAAUCCUUUUUCGGAGGAGGAAAAUCUGUUUUUGACUGAAUUGAAAAGUGCGAAAUUGUCACCGGUGGCGUCAUUUGCUCCAAGAGUGCGGCGGGAGAAAUUAACGCAAGUGGAAAGCCGCGAAAGAAAGAAAGGACGCGGUCGGUGCCGUGAUUUGCGCUAAUUGAAACGUAGCGGCCCUCAACGGGCUUGUGACGUCAGAAGGGAACAAUGCCGGCCGCCAACGGAGGGAAUUCCCUGAGCUGCACACCGCAUAAAUAAUAAUUUCUCUUCUGAGAACGCCCGAGACUAGGAUGGGAGUUGCAUUGACUAACACGAAAAUAAAAAUAUAUACACAAAGUGUGUAUUUACGUGCCUUUGAAGCGGCGCGGUCACGAAGUGGACGCGGAUGCGACUGCGGAGAGAUGACGAAACCAGAUCCGCACGUAUUAUUGACAUUCAGAGCCGCUCACUCAUUCGCUCGCAAUGAGCAUGGCCCUUUCCUCUCUCUUCGGGUCACUACCAGAGCUUCCUAACUCGCCUAUCAAUGUCCCUAUCAACAUCACAUCACCGUCACCGCAAACUGUUACUUUUGCUGUUCAAAGCACAAGCAGUAACACUAACAAAGGAGGUCAUACAAUUUACCCCAAGCAUGAACAGGAUGACAUAGCUCAAAUUGGAAAAAUCUACAUUAUCAGGAAAGGGGUCAGUUACAAGAAAGAUAAGGAGACGCCAUUCCAUCAUUGGGCAAUUGGAAUCAGAUUUUUAGACUUUUGGGUAGUCAUUGAGGGCGUAAAUGGUGGCGAACUUUUAGUGCCAGGCUAUUCUAAAUCGGAGCUAACUCCAAACGGCACACUUAUUGACAUGGAAAAUGCUACAGAUGGUCCAUUAUCUGAAAUGGCUGAUAUUCCAAUUACUUCCAUGCUGAUCAUUACACAAUUCUUGAAAGCUUUUUCGGUGGAAAAUCUGCAAUACGUUGAAAUUUCACCCAAGCAGUUGCACGCCUUAGCUGGGAGCAUUCCCAAAAAACCGUACUUUCCUGGAACAAAUGAUUGCCAAACCUGGUUCUUAGAAGCUAUGAGCAAACUGCAACACUACGAAGUUGGCGAUAAACGUCUUUUGCACCGAGUCAAUGACACUAUUAAAUCCCCAAUAAGAAUAAUGGCUCUUCCUGCAAUAAAAAUGGCUGGCAUGUGCACAAAUCUUACAUAUGAAAUGGCCAAAACCACAGAAAGAAUUUGCAACCUGCAAGAAUUUCCUCCCAGCGCGCUUGUCAAUGGUGUCGGAAAGAUAACCAACCACGUCAUCAAUGGUGCAUCAGACACUGUUUCUGGUGCUGUUGGUGGUGUAGCUAAUCUAGCUGUGAAUGCUAUUGGAGUUGCAACCGGUGGAUGCGCUACAAAAAGUGGUAUAAUUGCUGACUUCAAAAGCCUGGAACAUGAGGUCGGGGCAGGAAGGAUGGGUCGAGGAGAGGCCACCGUGAAAAUGUUUGGAAAAUCGGUGGGAAGUGUGGUGUAUGGUGCUGCUAAUGUUACCACGAAUGUCGUGGGAGGAGUUGCGGAAACCGCCUCUUCCUUGGUCAGUGGAGUGAGCGACACGUUCACUGAUACUGUUGAUCUUGUUGGCGAGAUCUUUGAAGAAGUUCAUCCAGUCGGUGCUACUGUUGCAACCCCGGUAAUUGUAGUUGUAGGGGUUGCAGUUGGCACUGCGAUAACUGUGGCCAAAGUUGGGAAGGGGAUUGGCCAAACUGUCCUUGGCAUCUUCAGAGGCCUUCGAAGUAUUUUUUGAAUUAUUUUCAACAAAAUCGGUUUUAUUAAAAUAUACUACUAACUACUAGCAUAUUUUUCCUUUGGUGCAUGAUGCUGAUUUUUGAUACGUCUAAUUUAUGAUAGUUUCAAAAGUUUUAAUUUAUCUUCUUUUAAUAUAGAUGAUGCGUGUGCUUCAAACAGCACCUGAAAAUACUAGAAAUGGUUAAAAAUAGUAACUCUAGGUAACUCUAUUAUUUGAAAAUUAUUUGAGUGUCCAAAUUUAUCAAAUCAAAAUGACGGUAUUUGUAAAGAUUUGCUGCAACAAUUUAAUACAAAUAAUUUAGCAUAGUUCUUUAAAGAUAUUGUAAUAAUAUUAACUUUUAUAUGAGACAUUAGCAAUAAAAAUAUAGCUAUUUAUAAUCAACUUUUAAAUUUAUUCCAAUCAUUUAUUUAUAUUUCAUUAAAUCUCAGAGGUGAAAUUAGGCGACAAUUUUUAAUGCUCAGAAACUCUUUAGUUGCUGCAAUCAGCAACCAGCAAGACAAUACAAUUAGUCAGGCAUGCAACAGACGUGCGAUAUAUAACAGGCUGGUGUUCUUAUCACGAAGCCUCAAUUGGUUGUGGUUGGUGAUACAAAGCUCUCGAUUAAAUGACAAAGAUAGCGCUCAAAUGUAAAUUUACGAGAUAGCUUAAUUUUACCUUGGAAAUAAGCAAAAGAAGCACAAAUCAAUAUUUUUUCUUCAGCAGAGCUGCGUGCAAUUAUAAUAUUUCUUUGUGAUGUUUUCGCCGCCGCCACCUCCAAAUGGAAUUAUUUCGGACGUGAAAGGUCUAAAGGAGGAGGUUGAUCAGGGCAACAAGAAUGCUUUAUUUGCCGGCGUCCAGUCGGUCGGCAAAGUGAGAGAAAACGUCCUGCAGGGUGCAGCGUACACGACGAGCAAUGCAGUCACUGGGGUCGCGGAAACCACCACCAGUUUGGUGUCAGGCACGGUUGGCACGAUCAACGGCUCCUUCAACGCGUUUUCCGACUCGAUUGGAAAAGUUACCAGUGGAGAGGUGAAUCCAGUUAUUGGGGUGGCCAGCGUGCCAGUAAAGGUUGCUGGAGCCGUGGUCGGCGGGGCUGCGAAAACGGUUGGAAAUGUUGGUGUUGGAGUUGGAAAGACCAUCGGUGGCGUUUUCAAAGGCGUCCGCAGCAUAUUUUAAAAGUAAAAAGUAUAACAAAUAUUGAUACUCAUAAAAUCAUUGAAAUUUGAAUUGAAAUAAAUUAUUCGAAAAUGAAACGCUUAAAUUAUAAUUUAAUU